GCGGCGAGAGUCGCAGCUUUCAGUGCGAUGCUGCUGCCGGAGCUGCUGCUACUCGGCUUGGCCGUCUCCCUGGCGGACAGCUACGACCGCAGUGUCAACUACUGGGAGGCCUUUGCUCCCGGCAAGCUGCUCCAGCGCCUGGAUGCCCUAACGGUCUCGGAUGUGGACCAGUCGAAGGCGUUAAAGCUACCGGAGAUGAUGCAGCCCGUCGUCCUAGCAGCUGCAAUCGAGGCGCAAGCGCAGCCCAAGGCAGAUGAGGACGUGGACGUGGACGGGAAUGUGGAGGCGGUGGAUACGGCGGACGACGAUGUGGACAGCCUGAGUGCGGAGACCAGUCACGAGGGAUACUCCGGGGAGGACUACGAGCGCAACUACGAGCAGUUCGUCCAGGAGUACUUCGAUCGGGCAGCCGACAAGGACAACGAGAACGACAAUGACGACGCCGACGAUCUGGAGGAGGAGACACAGGCGGAAGCCAGCAAUGUCAAGGAUCAGCGCUGCAGGCGGGUCAAGCGGAAGGAUGGCCAGCUGUGUGAAGUUUGUCGCCAGUUGAAAAACAACGAGGUUUCGGAGACGUGCAGCUACUCCCACGACGACCAGCCGGAGCAGUAUGCCUUUGGCAGCGGCACCCAAUACAAGCGUUACCGCCACGAUCCGGCCGAGAAAAAGGAGCAAGAGAAGGAAAAGAAAGAUGAGGAGGUGGCUCCCAGUAGCCUGUGCGUGCGCCGUCAGCAGGACAAUAGUGUGUGCUACGCUUGCAAGGACAGCAAGGGCCAGAAAAUCGAGCGCUGCUAUGAUGUCCAGACCAGGAAGGCCAAAACCAGAAAGAAGAAGGCCUCCUCCGCCUCAUCCUCAGCAUCCAAGAAACGGAAGCCGCGAUCCCAGCAAUCCCAGCAGUCGGAGCAGGAGCAGCGCAUUUACAAACGCACCAUCAGCUACAGCUAUGCCCAGGGCACGGAUCAGCAGGGUGAGCAGCCUCCGGCCGGGACAACGGACCUCCCACUGCCCCGUCAACGUCGCAGGCGACUGGUGAAGAUAACCCGCAGACGCGGACCAGUCCCAGUCCAAUGAUCUUUGUUUUAUGUUUUGUUUUUUGCGCCCAACUCAUUGUAUUCCCCACUCACUAGCUUAGAUUAAUUAUUACACAUUUUUUUGUUACAAUAAAUCAUUUUAUAAGAACA